GCAAAUGUUGCAAUUUAGUCGGAUUAUAGAAAACAAAUGUCAAAGAGCGAGAUAUUUUAUAAUUUAUUAUUUUUAAAAUAAUACCAUAACGUUUUAUUUAUUUACACGUUGCGGAACAGAAAACAUAUUACUUUAUCUUUGUAUCUGACAUACUGAGCAGAUUCUUCUAUUCAUUUGUACCAUUUGAUGCAUUUCCAAUGAAGACAUUGAAUCCAAUAUGGGCGCUCCGGGGCCCGCGGCGCCGCGUGUCCACAUGGUCGCCGCUCGCCACGGCCUUCAAUACCAGACCCAACUCCAGACCUGUCUUUGACUCCUUAAGGGAGAGAACUGGCCUUUUCAACAAGCCAGAGCUGACCAGUUUCGAAGGUUUCACGAUCCUGAAGGAGCAGGCGAUCUCGGCUACCGAUCGGCUGAUCGAGGAAGCCACUUCGGGCCCUUCUCGCCCUAUGGUCGAGGUUUUUGAUGAGCUCUCAGAUACGCUAUGCAAGGUGGCAGACUUGGCAGAGUUCGUCCGCAUCGCGCACCCGCAGUCACAUUUCGCCGCCGCGGCUGAAGACGCCUGCAUUAGUGUCAGUGGGGUGGUUGAGAAACUAAAUACCCACAAAGGCCUGUACGAGGCGCUCCGCGACUCCGUGAAACGCAGCACCUCCGGCGACCAACACCUGGCCGAGCUUUUCCUGUUCGACUUUGAGCAGAGUGGCAUUCAGCUGGAAAACAAUAAGCGGAAAAAGGUAGUAGGGCUGAACAACUUGAUACUGCAGACCGGGCAGCGCUUCAUGGCGGGCGCGGCGCGGCCGCGGCGCGUGCCGCGCGAGGCGGUGCCGCAGAACGUUCGCCAGUUCUUCAGCACCGAAGGCGACGAUAUAAUCGUGAGCGGAGUGUACGCGGAGUGCGGCGAGGCGGCGGCGCGCGAGGCCGCGUACCGGCUGUACCUCGCGCCCGACGCGCUGCAGGACCGCCUGCUCGCCGACACGCUGCGUGCCAGGCACGAGCUGGCCGAGCUGUGUGGCUUCGGCUGCUACGCGGACAGAGCAAUAAAAGCUAGCACAAUGGAAACGUCAGCCAACGUCCGCCAGUUCCUAGACAUCCUCUCAGACAACCUCUACGACCGCGCCAGAUCAGACUUCGACGCCAUGCUCAAAAUGAAAAAGAAAGAAACACCCUAUCUAGACACAUUAUCAUGCUGGGACACCCCGUAUUUCACACAUAAGGCCAAAACCCAGCUAUUAAAUGUGGCUAAUUCUGACUUUAGCCCGUAUUUUUCGCUAGGCGGUUGCAUGGAGGGACUUAAUAUGUUGUGCCAGGAGCUGUAUGGAAUCAGUUUGCAGUCGGAAGAGAUGCUACCAGGCGAAUCAUGGGCCCCGGACGUAUACAAGUUAGCAGUGGUCCACGAGAGCGAAGGUCUCCUCGGGCACAUAUACUGCGAUCUGUACGAGCGCCGCGGCAAACCACACCAAGACUGCCAUUUUACCAUCCAGGGUGGGAAGCUCCUGCCCGACGGUAGCUACCAGAACCCCAUAGUGGUGGUGAUGCUAUCUCUGAGCGGCGGCCACCGCUCCGGGCCCGCGCUGCUGUCGCCCGGCGCCGUCGACAACCUGUUCCACGAGGUCGGGCACGCGAUGCACUCGAUGCUGGCACGAGCACGCCACCAGCACGUGUCGGGCACGCGCUGCCCCACCGACCUGGCCGAGCUGCCCAGCGUGCUCAUGGAGUACUUCGCCAGCAGCCCACAGGUGGUUCGGCGGUUCGCGCGACAUUUCCAGACCCGAGAGGCCAUGCCGGAGCACAUGCUGCAGCGGCUGUGUGCUUCCAAACACCUGUUCGGGGCCCAAGAGAUGCAGCUGCAGGUGUUCUACUCGGCCCUGGACCAGCGCUACCACGGCGCGGGCGCGGCGCGCGGCGGCCGCACGACGGCCGUGCUGCAGGACGUGCAGAGACAGUACUACGGGCUGCCCUACGUGCAGGACACGGCGUGGCAGCACCGCUUCAGCCACCUAAUCGGAUACGGCGCCAAAUACUACUCGUACUUAAUAUCCCGCGCGUUAGCGUGGAGCGUGUGGCAGCACAAGUUCUCCGCGGCGCCGCUGUCGCGCGCGGCCGGCGACGCGCUGCGGCAAGGCGUGCUGCGCCACGGCGGCGCCAGGCCGCCGCAGGAAAUACUCGGAGAGUACCUCGGCUCGGAGAUGACACCGAAGACCUUAGCUAUGGCCCUCAUCGAAGAACUGGACUACCACAAGGACCACCUGGACACUGUCUUCAAAAUCGCUGAGAAGUGAAAUACUUGUACCAGCAAGAAGAAUAAAGAUCAUUCAGGGUAGUGUCAUGUAUUGAAACGUGGAGUAAUCCAAAAAUGUAUAACCCAAAACAUAAGAAUCGCCCAUCCCUUAUCAAUAAGUUUAAUCGAAAAAAAUGUUUGUAACUUAUUGUAAUUAUAACUCUUGGGCAUAUUUCCUGACUGAGGGAUUAUGUACAGCAGGGUUUAAAGUGCAAGGACUAGUUAUGAAUGAAAUCUUUCAUAAAUUGUCCUUGCAAAUUUGAAUCUGAUGGUACGUCAUCGUGUAGAGAGGUCCCAUUCGCCAAUUACAAUGUUAUGAAAAUAGAUAUAUACUCAGGUUCCAUUUUCUCCAUUACGAACCGAACGAGCAAGAUAUAGAUAUGAGGAUUUAAUAGAUAUGAGGCGUCUAUAUGGAAGGUUACUUUAUUAUAAACCCCGCUUGAAGUUCUUGUUUCAUACUGUAAAUGCGUAGAAGGGAAGUAGCUAGUUCGAACUAUAGUAUAUUUCCCUGAAUGUGGGUUAGGUGCUGAGAUUCAAUUUAAUAUAAAUAAAUAAAUAUUAUAGGACAUUAUUACACAAACUGACUAAGUCCCACAGUAAGCUCAUUAAGGCUUGGGUUGAGGGUACUUAGAUAACGAUAAAUAAUAUAUAAAUAUUUAUAAAAUACUUAAUUACAUAGAAAAAACACCCAUGACUCAGGAACAAAUAUCUGUGCUCAUCACACGAAUAAAUGCCCUAGGCCAGACUGUCCGGUCAAAAAAAAAAUCAAUAAGAUGACUUGACCCCUGACCGCCCAAUAUCAACCGUGCGACAAGGUUCACGAUGACGCGCCGCGCACUAAAGGCACAGAAUAAGUAAUAGUACUAUCGUACAGAAAAGAAACUUCCUACAAAACCGAAGUUUGACAGCGAUUCAGGGACGAAUCAUGCUGUCCCUUUCUAAUGUAUGGCACUAUCCCUAUCGGCUAUCUAAGGUUGUCAAAAUCCAAGUUAUUAUCUUAUCUGUGGUUGUGCACGCAAAGGGACGUCAAGUUGUGCCAACCCGAAUAAUUCCUCGGAGCAAUGCAAGGCUAUAACCGCGAAAAUCGAAGUUCGUCAAUUGCGGGCAUUUUUCUGUCACUCUAAUUACGUCUUAGUGAGCGGAAGCUUACCCCUGAGCGGAACGGAGCCGAGAAUGCCCGAAUGCUGUAGUUUUCCCCCCUGCUAUAGGCGUGGCGUUUAAUACUAACAGUAACAUUUUGGUAUUGAUGAAUGUAAAUACUAUACUUACUAUAAUAGUAGUCAAACGAGCGACUAGAAAAGGCGUAAUGAAAA